AUGAAAUCGACUUUUGGAAUAUUGUUUUUAUGCAUCAAUGCAGCAUGUGGAUUUUUAUUUGGAAGUGACUCUGGACCUGAAUGGAAAACUUUAAGCACUACUUGGGGUCCGAAUCCACUUAGUCAUCAUUAUUAUGUUAAACAACCAUUAACGAUUGAAGAUGCAAAAAAAGACGGAUUCGAACAGAUUUCAAAUUCAUGUCAAGGAAAAUUUAUUGGACAACGUUUUAUAAAAGAUAGAGAUUUUGCUGUAAUUUUAAUUUAUGACAGUAAAGGUUUUAUUGCUGGCAUACAAAUGGGUAUUCCAGCUUCGAUGAUUAAUGAUACGUAUUACAAAUAUUCUCAACAGAAAAUGUUUAAUCGAGAUACAAUUCUUGGUGUUGAUGUUUAUAUUCUAACAGCAUAUUUUAUUGACCCAAAGACAAUCUGUACAUCAGAUGAAAAUACAAAUUAUCGUGAUAGACAUAUCGUAGGAACAGGACUUUGGUUACAAAAUGGUAUUGAUCCAAUUAGUGAUUCAACUCUUAUACCAAUAAAUCAAACUGACGCAGACAAAACAAAAUGGGUUAAAGGUGCAUGUUUUCCAUCGAUGGGUGUUCAUUACUGGUAUGACAAUCGACUUGAUUCAGAUUGCGAAACAUACUUUCCUAGUUUUCUUCUGUACAACAAAGGUAAAUUAACAGGAUUUGGUUGGGCUUUAUUUGGUAAAUAUGAUUUUACAAAACGAACUGAAUUCCCCCCAUUAUCAGCUAUUUCUUCAUUCUUAAAACCUGUUCCAACAUGUAUGCCAGUCAAAUUUCAUCAAGUUGGUGGUUUUACAACGAUGCAUAUUUAUUUCAAUACAGAUCCAUGGAAUUUAAUCUGCUGA